GUGCGUGUCAAAUGACAUCACUUUGGAUGCGCUGAGUGACCGCAUGUCUAAGCUCAACUACUACAAGAGUGGCUUUGGCUUCAUCUACGAAGUGGAGACCUUUGAUCUAAUAGCCACCAAUAAGAACAACACCCCCAUUGUCAAUGGAUCGGAUCGUAUCAUGAUCAACGAUACCAACAGCACAGACCUCAAUGAUGUGGGGCAGUUUAUUAUCCAGAUGAGCACCUACAACCCACAGGCACUGGUAGGCUAUCUGGACGCAGCCACGCCCAUCCCCUUCUACUACUCAGGCUACAUCAUCACCAUCGCCUACUACACGGCACCAGGCAUAGAGUGGGGAAUCGUGACGGCCAUCCCAAUGGAAGAUUUCACGGAGUCAUUUCUGAGUACUCUACUCGUCACCGGAGUGGUCAUCGCAUUUGUUCUGGCCCUGACGCUAGUCAUAUGCUUGUCAGUCAACCACAGUAUCUCGGGUCAACUGGCACGCAUCACCAAACAACUGAGCGAAUUCGCACGACUCGACUUCACAUCACGCGUGUCACAGAGUGGACUAAGACACCCCGUCAGGGAGAUUGCUCGAGUGUACCAGGC